CCAAUCAGAGCGCAGGAGGUGGGACUUGUUAGCGUUGCCCUCCGGAAGAGAAUGAGAGAAGCAUGCGUCCUGAAUCAGGGGAAUUGUUUUUGUUGUGAUUAUUUUACUUUUCUGUUUGGGGAUUGAGUGUAAAAGAAAGAACCGGAAAUGGAAAAUGUGGUGCUGUGCAGACUUCCUCCUGAAGAAAGCAAGCUGCUGGGAGUUCAGUCCCAGCAUGGAGAAGCUGCUGAGAAGUUCACCAAGGCGUUCCUGAAGAGCAGUGCUCCUCGGCUGAGCUGUAAGGAAGCAGAAAUCGCGCUGGAGCGUAAAGCCGUGAUGCUGCAGUACGCUCGAGAGAGGAAGAGGAGAGGGAAAAAGACGAAGGCGAAAGGACUGAACGCUAAAGAGAGGAGAGCACUGAGAGUGUUCGAGCUGAAACCCGAGCAUCAGAAGUAUGAGCUCUUCCUGCCGCUGCACCAUCUGUGGAAGCAGUACAUCACUGACCUGUGUAACGGCCUCAGGCCAGAGAGUAACCCGCAGGUGAUGCAGCAGAAACUCCUGAAGGCUGAUUUUCAUGGUGCUAUUUUAACAGUUGUUCGCUCUAAGUGCCCGUCGUAUGUGGGCUCCACAGGGAUCCUGGUGCAGGAGCUGAAACAUGUAUUUAAGAUCAUCACGAAGGAGAACAGACUGAAAAUCAUUCCGAAGAGGAACAGUGUGUUCAGUGUGGAGAUGGGAGAUUUCGUCACUCAUAUUUACGGCAGUAAGUUCGAGCUUCGCUCCAGUGAGAGAUCGGCCAAAAAAUUCAAGACCAAAGGCACCAUUGAUCUGUGAAGAACCUCCUCAUGAUCACACAGUGGGGUCUACAGGAACCGCUCCACAGGGAGAACCUGCUCCACAGGGAGAACCUGCUCUACAGGGAGAACCUGCUCUACAGGGAGAACCUGCUCUACAGGGAGAACCUGCUCUACAGGGAGAACCCGCUCAGCACAUUGUCUGUCAUGGGCCUUUAGAACAUGGACGAUGUUUAUUUUUGGCGUGUGUGUGCGUGUGUGUGUGUGUGUGUGUGUGAGACAGUUCAGUUAUUUAUACUCCUGUGCUGUAAUUUAUAAAGCUGUGUUUAGAAAUGCAGCCUGUGUUCCAAUAACCUCCUCUUUUUCCUCAUAGCUCCCUCAGGAGUGUGUAUCUGUGUGUGGUUCAGCAGGAACACACUCAACCUCACGUUUACACACACACACACACACACACACACACACACACACACACACACACACACACAGCACCUAGAUUAUUAACUAGAUUUAAUUCUUAUCUAACACACUCGAGCUGCUGAAGAUGCCUGAGAGGACUGUGUGAGGGAGAAGAGUUAAACAGAACACGUCCUCUGAUUGUAUUGUAUAUCACACUUCUGAACACAAGGGGGCGCCAGUGUUGGUGUUUUACUCCUUUAUAUUCACCAGAGAUGCUGAAUAAAUCUUUUCUUUUUAUUAUUAUUUGAA